CAGUGGCUUUUUUCAUGAAGUUUGGUGCCACGUAGUUAACCUAAAACACCGUUAUAGUAAAUAGUUUAUGAAUAUGAUUUAAGGAACCGAUUUGCAAACUUCGUGAGUACGUUUUGUAAAUUUAUUUCACACAAUGACAUUGUUUCCCAUUUGCUCGAUAUUAUCGUUUGUAAUUACGCUAACCCAUGGAGGCAAACUACCCGACCCUGAAGUGAAAAUAGAAGUAAUGCAAAAACCUCUCAUGUGUAACCGCAAGACGAAAUAUGGAGACAUGCUUCUUGUCCAUUACGAGGGAUACUUGCAGAGCAACGGCACCAUGUUCCACUCAAGCCGCCUAGAAGGGGAUAAAAAUCCAGUGUGGUUCACCCUCGGGACCAAAGACGUGCUCCUGGGCUGGGACAAGGGUCUCCAGAACAUGUGCACAGGAGAGCAGCGAAAACUGACCGUUCCUCCAUCUCUGGCCUAUGGGAAAGAAGAGAAAGGCAAGAUCCCACCGAGCAGCACCCUGGUUUUCGACAUUGAGCUCAUCGAUAUCCGCAAUGGCCCGAGGUCGCACGAUUCUUUCCGAGAGAUGGAUCUCAACGAUGACUGGAAGCUCUCGAAGGAGGAGGUGAAGGUGUACCUGCAGAAGGAGUUUGAGAAACACGGCUACUCGCCAAACGACACACAUAACGACGUGAUGGUGGAGGAUAUCUUCCAAAACGAGGAUGAGGAUAAAGACGGUUUCAUCUCUGCCAGAGAAUUCACUUAUCAACAUGAUGAACUGUGAAGGAUACAUUUCAUCAACACUCACCUGCUGAACAUGUAUUUUCACUUUUUAAUGUUUUGUCUUACCUCUAACCUUGGGUUAUCGACUUGAUUUUUGUGAACUGUAUUCAUGUGCUCAGGCAACAUGCACUGAAAAUGUCACUACAGAUGUAUUUAAAAUGGAAUAUUACCGUUUUU